AUGUCCAACCCCGACGAGGAUGUCGACGAUCUCGACGACGUCCUCUCCCAAUUCUCAUCCCGAACAGGAACGACCGCGCCGCCACCCACUGCCACCCACUCCACCUUCACCAACCGUCCCAGGACCAACACACGCGUCGAUGCGCUGCCCAUAUCCAUGCCCGGCACCGGGGCACCACUAGAUCCCACAACGGAGCUCGACGAGGACGCACUCUCUUCCGAGUUCGCGAAGGAGCUGUCGAUGGGCAUGGAGAGCCUUAUGCAGGAGAUCGUUGCGGAGGGGAAGGGGAAGAAGGAAGGAGGCGGGGAGAAGGAGGAGGAGAGGCAGGCGAAGAUGUUCAAGGCUGCGUGGGAGGCUAUGCUCGUGGAGGGGAUGAAUGGGCCUGGGGGUGAGGAGUUGGCGGAGUUGUUGGCGGGUGGGGAGGCGACGGGAGCUAGGGAUGGGAAGUCGACGACGGCUGAGGGUGCGGGUGGUGGAUUUCAGGAUAAGAUUAAGCAGGCUAUGGAUAAGCUGAAAGAGAGCGAAACGAAUCUCCAGGGAGACUCGAGUACUGCGGAUACCACGUCCCCGGAAUCACUCGAGGCGCUGCUCAAAUCACUAGGCGAUCUAGGGGGGCUUGGCGAGGGCGGAGACGAGAACGAGCUCGCUGGGUUCCUCGAGACUAUGAUGGGGCAGCUCAUGAGCAAGGAAGUAUUAUACGAGCCUCUCAAAGAGCUUGCUGAAGGCUUCCCACCAUACCUAACCAACCCACCCAGCCCCCUCUCCCCCGAGGACAGAAGCCGGUACGAAAAACAAGAAGAGUGCGUCAAGCGGAUUUUAGCCGUCUUUGAUAAACCUGGGUAUAGCGAUGCCAAUGAGGAGAGUAAUAAGGUUAUUGUGGAUCUUAUGAGUGAGAUGCAAUCAUAUGGAUCGCCGCCUGCGGAGAUUAUGGGUCCUCUACCGCCGGGGUUGGAUGGGAUGCAGGCGUUGGGGGGUGAGGAAGGAUGUGUGGUUGCGUGAGCGUUGCAUCUUCGUGGGCGAUCGCGUGAAUUGCGUCGUUGCAUGAUUCAUGUGGUGUCGUCGCGUGAGUCGUGUGGUGGGCGCCGCCCUGUGAGUCGCUCGUUGUAUCGGCGUAACUCAGGCGGGCUUUCGUGAAAAGGGACAAAGCAAUGUAUAUAACGGGAUCAUAUCAUAUUUAUAUGUGGAAUUUUCUUUC